CAGCUCGCUUUACCCCUCCCAACAAGCGCCACCAAUCGCUGGAGACUGGAGAGAGAGAAGAACCAGCCACACAACUCUAAUUACCACGCACUCUCUCUCUCUCUCCGUCCUAUCGAUCCCGGCCUCCCUCCCCCAGCCCCAGCGGAUCGGAGCCCCCGGCUGGCUUCCUACCCUGCCCCCUCUUCCUCCGACGCGCGGGCGGAGGAGUUCGAUCCGAGCGCGAGAGGGAAGGAGAGAGAAACUAAAGAAAGAGAGGGGCAGAGAGCAGACAGAUAGGAGUGGUAGAUAUAGAUAGGCUGGGGCUGGCCUCAUCGCGGAUAGAUCCCCCUCCUCCUCCUCCUCACUCUCCCCAGCGAGCAAGCAACCAAGCAGCCAGCUAGUCAGUCUCCGCCAAGCAGGGACCGCGUCGCAUCAAAGCCGCUGCCCGCAACAGGGACAAGGCAGGCCAGCGCGCGCUCGAAAGGGGAGGCGUCGUUCUACACGAAGACGAGGAGGAGGAGCCCUGCAGGGCGUAGCUAGCUAUGGAGUUCGCGAGCUCUUCGAGUAGGUUUUCCAGGGAGGAGGACGAGGAGGAAGAGCAGGAGGAAGAGGAGGAGGAGGAGGAGGCGUCUCCGCGCGAGAUCCCCUUCAUGACAGCGGCAGCGACGGCCGACACCGGAGCCGCCGCCUCCUCGUCCUCGCCUUCCGCGGCGGCCUCAUCGGGUCCUGCUGCUGCCCCCCGCUCGAGCGACGGCGCCGGGGCGUCCGGGAGCGGCGGCGGCGGGAGCGACGACGUGCAGGUGAUCGAGAAGGAGCACAUGUUCGACAAGGUGGUGACGCCCAGCGACGUGGGGAAGCUCAACCGGCUGGUGAUCCCGAAGCAGCACGCGGAGAAGUACUUCCCGCUGGACGCGGCGGCCAACGAGAAGGGCCAGCUGCUCAGCUUCGAGGACCGCGCCGGUAAGCUCUGGCGCUUCCGCUACUCCUACUGGAACAGCAGCCAGAGCUACGUCAUGACCAAGGGCUGGAGCCGCUUCGUCAAGGAGAAGCGCCUCGACGCCGGCGACACCGUCUCCUUCUGCCGCGGCGCCGGCGACACCGCGCGGGACCGCCUCUUCAUCGACUGGAAGCGCCGCGCCGACUCCCGCGACCCGCACCGCAUGCCGCGCCUCCCGCUCCCCAUGGCGCCCGUCGCGUCGCCCUACGGCCCCUGGGGCGGCGGCGGCGGCGGCGGCGCGGGCGGUUUCUUCAUGCCGCCCGCGCCGCCCGCCACACUCUACGAGCACCACCGCUUCCGCCAGGCCCUCGACUUCCGCAACAUCAACGCCGCGGCCGCGCCGGCCAGGCAGCUCCUCUUCUUCGGCUCAGCCGGCAUGCCCCCGCGCGCGUCCAUGCCGCAGCAGCAGCAGCCGCCUCCGCCCCCGCACCCGCCUCUGCACAGCAUUAUGUUGGUGCAACCCAGCCCCGCGCCGCCCACGGCCAGCGUGCCCAUGCUUCUCGACUCGGUACCGCUCGUCAACAGCCCAACGGCAGCGUCGAAGCGCGUCCGCCUGUUUGGGGUCAACCUCGACAACCCGCAACCAGGCACAAGUGCGGAGUCAAGCCAAGAUGCCAACGCAUUGUCGCUGAGGACACCGGGAUGGCAAAGGCCGGGGCCGUUGAGGUUCUUCGAAUCGCCUCAACGCGGCGCCGAGUCAUCUGCAGCCUCCUCGCCGUCGUCAUCGUCGUCCUCCAAGAGAGAAGCGCACUCGUCCUUGGAUCUCGAUCUGUGAGCGAGAGAUCGAUCAGCUGGCGAACUCGAUCGAUCGGGGGAGUAAAAAAGGAAAGUUGAAAAUUUCCUCCUUCCG